AUGCCAUCUUUUUCCGACAGCGGCUUUGACGUAAUUGACUGCAGCACGGAGGGGCCCCUGGAGUCUCCGGGGGCCCCCCUGGGUCCCCCCGAGGCUUUGCGGCCCCUGGGGGGCCCCCUGGGGGCCCUGGGGCCCCUGGGGCCCCUGGGGGCCCUGGGGCCCCUGGGGCCCCGGGGGGCCCCCCUUGGGGCCCACGCAGCAGCAGCUUUGACGGGGCCUGCGAGGUUUGGGUCUCGGGAUCUGAUGGAGGCUGAAGAGGCUGAAGAUCUCUAUGUGGGGUCCCCCGAGGGGGCCCCUGGGGGCCCCCCUGAGGGGCCCCCUGAGGGGGACCCCCAGGGGGGCCCCCCCCAGGGCGCAGAGGCUCCCGAGGUGACCCCGUUCGCAGAGAGAGCAGCAGCAGCAGCAGCAGCAGCAGCAGAAGAGACGCUGCUGCUGCCGAGCUGGGGGGCCCUCGUGAGAGAGACAGUGGCCCGGCGGGGGGCAGAAGUGGGGCGUUUUGAGUCUGGCCUCGAGCGGCAGCGGCUGCUGCUGCACGCGCAGCAACAGCAGCAGCAGCAGCAGCAGCAGCAGCAGCAGCAGACGCGCAGGAGAGAAGUAGGGGUGAUGGAGGCCCGAGACCUUCUUUUUGUUAACUCACAGCUGCUCACAGAACCCUCAGCCAGCAGGCCUUUAGAGAAGUUAGAAAAAAGGCAGCAGCAGCAGGGGGGCCCCCCGCGGCGGGGGCCCCAGCAGCAGCAGCCGCCGCACGCAGGCCUUCACAAAGCGGGCCCCAGCAGCAGCAGCAGCAGCAGCAGCAGCAGCAGCAGCAGCAAAGCAGAGAAGGAGCAGCAGCCCCAGUUCCCCAGGGGUCCCCAACCCCUCCCCGCAGUCAGCCCCAGGAGGCCCCGGGACACAGAGCCUUCCGAAAAGCUGCUGCCGGUAUCUCUGCGGAGUUCUGCUGCAGCACCUGCUGCAGCGGCAGAGGGGCCCCCGCAGCAGGGGGCCCCUGAGGGGCGCCCCCCCAAGGACUCUGAGGGCCCCCGCGCUGCCUCCAAAGACAUCGAAGCAGCUCUGGGGGCCCCCGAAGAGGGCCCCCCCGCUUCCCCCGAAUCCCCCUGCGAGGAAGGCCCCCCGGGGGCCCCCGCGGGGGGCCCCCCGGGGGGCCCCCCGGGGGCCCCCCUAGAGGCGGCGGCGGAGCGCGAGCGGGAGAUCCAGUGCUGCCUGGCCGGGGUGUAUGGACAGCAGGAGGAGACUCCGAACGCGGAAAGUGCUGCGCUGCUGCUGCUGCUGUCUUACACGCGAUCCACUCCCAACAGAGACUCCAACCCUUCGCUCUUGCGCAGAGCUCCAGUGCCCCAGGACCCUCUCCGGAGGCCCCGCGUUUCCCCCCUCCACCGCCAAGUGGGGGGCCCCCGCCUCGCCGACGCCCCCUACCCGGGGCCCCCCAGACGCAGGAGAGGGGGGGCCCCCGGGGGGGGCCCCCCGGGAGCCCCCCAGGGGGCCCCCCAGGGGGCCCCCCAGGGGGGCCCCCAGGGGGCCCCUCACCAAGAAGAGGCCCUCGGGGGAGAAACAGAAAGAGGGCCUUUGGCUGGUGCAGCCAUCGAGGGGCAGAUACAUAAAGACUCAGGGAUCGAUGGGAUCGAGGGGUCUGGGAUCGUGGGGUCGGGAGUCGACUCCCGAGGACGAUCCCAGCCAGAAGCUUCCAGCUCGCGCUGCUGCAGCAGCGCCCCACGGGGGGCCCCCCACGGGGGCCCCCAAGGGGCUCCUGCAGAGCCGCCGGGGCCCCCAGAGGAACUGCUGCAGCCAGCGGGGGGCCCUGCUGCGGCGGAGGGCGCAGAAGAACCCCCAGCUGAGGGGGCCCCCCUUGGGGGCCCCCCAGAGCUGGCCCCUGAACCAGAAGCAGCAGCAGACCGCGAGGGGGCCCCCUGUGACUUUCUGGACUUCGUGGAC